ACAAGAUAGAAUUACGAUGACGAAAGUCGAUAGCAGACGGGCAUAGCACUGCCAUUUGGCUCUCGAGUUUCAAGCCGUUUCGUUAUUCUCCAAUUCAUGGUAGCUGCCAUGAUUCUGAAUGGAUUCACCUUACCCUACAGGUCUGUUUCUGUGAGUUCAAGGCUUCCUAAGCCUGUGCCAUGUGGCUCUAGUUUUUCAUGCUAUCAUCGUUUGCCUACCACACCUCUAUUUCGAAUCAGUAGUAGAUCUUCAGGGUCUUAUUGGGAUUUAAAAUCCUGUUCAGCUGGAGAUUGGCCUUUCUUGCACCUUUCUGCUGCAUCAUCUCCAUUGUUGAGUGGGGAUCAAGGUGGCCUGUCUCAAGCUUUACCAUCAUUACCAAGGCGUCGCAGAUCUAGUUUGGUGCCUCGAGCAUCUAAGGAUGUUCCAUACAGUUUUCGUUUUCCUCCAAUGACUAAGAAGCCCAGAUGGUGGUGGAGGUCUUUAGCAUGCCUACCCUAUUUAAUGCCUCUUCACGAGACAUGGAUGUAUGCUGAGACAGCAUAUCAUCUACACCCCUUCUUGGAAGACUUGGAGUUUUUGACCUAUCCUUUCUUUGGAGCCAUUGGGAGUUUGCCGAGCUGGUUCCUGAUGGCAUAUUUCUUCGUUGCGUAUCUGGGGAUAGUGAGGAGGAAAGAAUGGCCUCACUUUUUCAGAUUUCAUGUAGUGAUGGGCAUGUUAUUGGAGAUUGCCUUGCAGGUGAUCGGGACCGUGAGCCGCUGGAUGCCACUUGCAAUCUAUUGGGGCAAGUUUGGGAUGCACUUUUGGACGGCUGUGGCAUUUGCUUACCUAUUUACGGUUGUGGAGUGCAUAAGAUGCGCACUUGCUGGUAUGUACGCUGACAUUCCAUUUGUAUGUGAUGCUGCAUAUAUCCAAAUUCCAUAUGAUUAAGUGAAAACGUAUGUCUGAAGCUGUUCUGGAUUUAAAUUAUCUGAUGUUUAUUUUUGUAUUGAAAACAUUUCAAUCAUAUAUGAAUGUUUUAAGCGGAACAUUACCUUGUGCCAACUU